AUGGAAGCAAGUAAGAUCAUGAACAGAGGGAGUAGUGGCUCGAAGCUGCGGCCAGUUACACUCUCGGCACUGCCUGGCCGCAGAUACGUUCUGGGUCUCAUAGUAGAAGCAUGUCUAAGAUACCAAUCAUCUACUUCCCAGCCUGACCCCGUUCACGUAACGGCUCACUACUUGCGCGCGACAUCCGUCGGACCCUUCGAAGUGCGUGUGCGCACCCUUCGCACGGGCAAAGGUUUGGCCAACCUCCUUGCGGACCUCAUUCAGGACAACGUGAUCAAAGUGACCGCCCACGCCAUCUUCGGCAACCUCGACCCUGCGUCCGCGUCGCAAACAGGGCCAUCUCUCACUCUGGUUCCACCAGCACCCGGUGCCCGCGUUACACCGUUCGGCAUCUACCCCUCCUCUCUCAAACCCAGUACCAAAGAACCACGAUGGAACUUCACACCCUACAUCCAAGCUGCCCGCGAUCGCUCAAUCCACGAGCGGCAUGCGCGCCUUGCCAAAGCCGGCGAGAGCGACGGCGGCGUCGAAGGGGGCGGGUGGUACACGUUCAGCGACCCAGGAGACGUCCUGACGCCCGCCUCUCUCGCAUUCUUCGCCGAUCUCUUUCCGGACAAGCUCCCGGUGGCGGCAUACCCAGAUCUCCCGUCGAGUUGGUUCCCCACCGUCACUAUGUCGGUCCAGUUCUGUGCACGGAUUCCGCGCGGCUCGGAGAAUCAUAGCCAGCACACCGUGGGCACGUUCACUUCGGGCAGGUUCAUUGAUGAGCCGAUGGGCAGGCACGAUAUCUACGUCGAGGUUUGGACAGCGCCCAGCGACCUCGGAGAUGGGAAGCAGCCAAAGGAGGGAUGGCGAGAGGACCAGCGCUGUCUUGUGGUCGCGCAUCAGAUGGCGCUGACAGUUCCUAUGGAGGUCAAUGAGCGGAAGAGAAAGCCUGCGACUCAGGAUGCCAAGAGCAAACUGUAA